CUGGAUGCUGACGAAGGCUUGGGAGACUGAGAAGACAAAUUGCCCUCAUCAUUAUCUCCAGGCUUGUCAAUCAUACAUAUUCACUUAUUUACCUCCGAGAGGCAAACAGCACUAGAAGCAAAGAGCAAAAGGAGAACGCGUGUGCUCAAGGCAGAAACGGUGCCCAGUGUUAAACUUCACGCCAGGAGAGACAGUCACCACCCAGGAUGGCAACCAUCACCUGCAACCGGUUUACAGAAGAAUAUCAGCUCUUUGAAGAGCUGGGGAAAGGUGCUUUCUCCAUUGUCAGGAGGUGUGUGAAGGUGCUGUCAGGACAAGAAUAUGCUGCCAAGAUAAUAAACACCAAAAAGCUUUCUGCUCGCGAUCAUCAGAAGCUAGAACGAGAGGCUCGGAUCUGCCGUCUUCUGAAACAUCCUAACAUAGUGAGACUCCAUGACAGCAUAUCGGAAGAGGCACACCAUUAUUUGAUAUUUGACCUUGUAACUGGAGGGGAGCUGUUUGAAGACAUUGUUGCCAGAGAAUACUAUAGUGAAGCAGAUGCCAGCCAUUGUAUUCAGCAGAUCCUGGAAGCUGUUUUGCAUUGUCAUCAGAUGGGCGUGGUGCAUCGGGAUUUAAAGCCAGAGAACCUCUUGCUGGCCUCCAAACUGAAGGGAGCUGCUGUUAAAUUAGCUGACUUUGGUCUUGCUAUUGAAGUGGAAGGAGAACAGCAGGCUUGGUUUGGUUUUGCAGGCACUCCAGGUUACCUUUCUCCUGAAGUGCUCCGGAAGGAUCCCUAUGGCAAAGCUGUUGACCUUUGGGCAUGUGGAGUUAUUCUCUAUAUUCUACUGGUUGGCUAUCCUCCUUUCUGGGAUGAGGAUCAACACCGAUUAUAUCAGCAGAUCAAAGCUGGAGCCUAUGAUUUUCCAUCUCCUGAGUGGGAUACCGUUACUCCUGAAGCAAAAGACCUCAUCAAUAAAAUGUUAACAAUCAACCCAUCCAAACGUAUCACAGCAGCAGAAGCCCUGAAGCAUCCAUGGAUAUCACACCGUUCCACUGUGGCUUCUUGCAUGCACAGACAGGAGACUGUGGAUUGCUUGAAGAAAUUCAAUGCCAGAAGAAAGCUGAAGGGUGCAAUCCUCACUACAAUGCUAGCGACCCGUAAUUUUUCUGGAGGGAAAAGCGGUGGAAACAAGAAGAAUGAUGGUGUGAAGAAAAGAAAGUCCAGUUCCAGCGUUCAGUUAAUGGAAUCUUCAGAGAGUACAAAUACCACCAUUGAAGAUGAAGACACUAAAGUACGGAAACAGGAAAUCAUUAAGGUGACAGAGCAGCUGAUUGAAGCAAUAAGUAACGGGGACUUUGAGUCCUACACUAAAAUGUGUGACCCUGGAAUGACAGCAUUUGAACCAGAAGCUCUGGGGAAUCUGGUGGAAGGGCUGGAUUUCCACCGGUUCUACUUUGAAAACUUGUGGUCCAGGAACAGCAAGCCAGUGCACACAACCAUCCUGAAUCCACAUAUCCACUUAAUGGGAGAUGAGUCUGCCUGCAUUGCUUACAUUCGUAUCACACAGUAUGUGGAUACAAGUGGAAUCCCACGCACUGCCCAAUCGGAGGAGACUCGAAUCUGGCAUCGCCGGGAUGGCAAAUGGCAAAUUGUUCACUUCCACAGAUCUGGAGCACCUUCGGUUUUACCACAGGUUCUUAUAUGUAACAACUACAUGGAUGUUAGGUACAAUAUGACCCUUUCCAUGCAAAGUAGAGCUGCGCCUAUUCAUUUGGCCGCUAUAGACGGCUGAAGCACAUGCCCUGCAGGCCAGGUUUCUCACUGCCUCACUACAAAAGGAAGAUACUUGCUAUCCUUUAUCUAGGGAACUUGGCAGCUGGCUUUCCUAUUUGUUUCUUGCUGGAAUUCCUUUCAUCCUUGGAACUCCUUACCAAAAUAAACUGAGCACUCAAUAGACUUUCUCCUCCUGUUUCACCUGGUUCAUGUUUGCUAUUCUGUGCCAUCCUAGUAGAAGACAGCAUGUGUCAUGGCCCUGUUGCAGGAAACAGCUUUCUGUAUACAACAAGAAACCAAUCUGGAAGAGGCUGAGAUAAAGCCUUCAUCAAAUUAAAAAAAACAGCACUUUCUGGCCUCUUCUCCUGGAAGUUACAAGCUACAAGUAGCUGCUCCUUCUAAUGGGAGGCCAAUUUCAAUUGGAACAUCCAGACACUAUGUGAGGAAGCCUCUCUGAGUCAAUGCCAGCAUUUUCAAUUAUACCUGACAUCAGCUGUCAAGUAAAUACGAUAUUACACACUCCUAAAACCAGGAAGCAGGCAAAUAACUUAGGUGCCCAUACGCAUCUAAUAAAUAAACAAAAAUAUUUGGUUUAAACUAUUAAUUACAAAAAUUCCAAACAAGUGUCUAUCACUUGAGAAAAUCUCUAUGCUCACAAAUUUUUCUUGGAGUGAAUUAAGGUUUUUUUUGAAUGGCGUGUAAAAUAUAUCAUUAAUUUAUCUUCCCAUUAGAAUAUGUUUUGUGAUUAGGCUAAUAGAUAUUCCCAACAAUUCUAACAAGAGAAAUGCCCUUUUCUUUUAUUAGAGACUGGGCUGAAAGGAAAUGGCCAGUAGUUUGUCAUCAAGACCAUGACUCUAAGUCAGUGUUUUUCACACUUGACAGUUUUCAGAUGUGUGGACUUCAACUCCCCAUGCUGACUGAGGAAUUCUAGGAGUUGAAGUCCGCACAUCUUAAAGUUGCCUGAUUUGAAAAAUAUUGCUUUAAGUCAGGGGUCUUCAAACUUGGCCCUUUCAUGACUUGUGGACUUCAACUCCCAGAAUUCCUCAGCCAGCUAAGUGAUCAUAAAAGAAAUAAUAGCUGGAAAAUAUUGACCCGAUAGCAAUUGUUUCCAGGUUAGUUUUCAAUAUAGUAAGAUAUUUUCAAAAUAAUGAAAUAUAGUGAAGUAUAUAGUUGCCACUAUUCAAUUUACAAUAGGAGCUUUGCUUAUUAUGACCAGUUGGGAAACAGCUGCCUAAAAAAAGUGCUGUUUUGACUUCAUAGGCUACUGGCAUUGUCUUUGUCUCAGCAGGUCUUUUGUUUCCUUACCUUUAGCAUUAUGAAUCUUAUUUUCUCUUUGCCUCUCCAAGAUUUGGGUUCUUAAUUAAUUAAUAGCAGUAGCAGGGCUCCCAGAUCUGGGCUGUCUCUCUUUGCUACUAUCUAGCACCAAGCAGUAACAAUCAAAUAAAUCAACAAAUGACUCCCAAACCCCUCCACCUACCUUUUCUACAUAUACAUUUCAGGAAACGUGGCAGCAUGGAAGAUAUCUAUGGUGUGGAAAAAGAACUGCCCAUUAAUCUGAAAUAAAAAUAGAGGCCAACCCUUUCCAGCAAAGAUAGAAAAUGCAAGCUUUACAAAUGACACUUUGAGGCAUUUUGAUGAUGCUUUUAACAAACAAAAUGAAACCUUUAGCUAUUUCUUGUACUUUGCAUGCCUUUUUAUAGGAAAAAUGAAACCCGUGUUAUUUCGUAAACUUUUGAGUAUUGCUGAAAUGGAUCUUUAUGUAAUACCUAGAAAUAUCAACUGUUUGGUUUGUGGUUGAUUUUUUUUUUUAAUAAAGUUUGGGUGGGGUGGGUGACUUAAUAUGUUAUUGUUUACAUUUGGAGUUGACUUGUGAUAAAUCGUUAUGAAAAGUGUAAAAAAAAGUACAAGAAAUUAAAAAUGGGGAAGAAGGAUGUGUGACAUGGCCCUGUGGAAAGGUAGAAAGAAGUUGACAUAAUACAAGAAACCGGUCAGGUUCACUUGUUAUAUGCUACAGAAGUCUGACAAUCCAAACUGCACAUCUGAAUGGCAUCAUGAAGACGGAAUCAACUUUGGAACAGUGGCAAUGCCUGUUAAUAUAUCAUGACAUAAAAGCCAGCUUGAAGAAACAGAGAAAUGGAUUCUUCUUAAGCCUGUAUAAUUUUUUUUGAAUGAUAAAGAAAACAUGUUGAAAAUGACCUUUGAAGGCAGCACCUGCUUGCCUUCCAAGGAUAGAUAUAAGAAGCCUGAGGAUUAUUUUUUUGGCAGUCUCUCUGUUUCUUGUUACCUUUUAUUUUUUCCAGCUUUAAGAAUCUUUACUCUUUGGUGUGAGAUUAACUCCCAUGCACUUCUACUACCAGGGGAAUGAACUUAUAAAUAGCACUUCCUUCAUCUGCAUGACAUCUAACUCUAUAGACCACUAUAUGUAUUUCAAAGCAAACAAACAGUGCUUGUUUAGGAACAAUUACAGUAGAAAAUGGAUAAGCUUGCUGUAUACAUUUUGAAUGAUGUAGUUUUACCUUUUUCGUAAAAAUGCUUAGCUUCCCAUCUUCUAAGACAGUGUGAAUACCUGAUGCUAUAAAACUAUGUUUGCAAAAUGCAAGACUAAUUUCCCACUGGAGCAGGAGGGAAGUGAUGACAAUUACAGGGCGCCUACUUGAUAGGAUUUGAUUGCCUUAAAUAGAAGUUUACUUUUUUUAUAUGGAACAAAGUAGAAAUAUACCAUUUACACAAACUGAUAACAUAAUUGGAUAAUUCAGUGAAGAAUUAUAUUGAGAUUAUUUGAGCUGAGAAGGGCUUUUAGAGUUCAAGAGGUAUUGUAUUAUUGUAUGGAUAUGAAUACAUGUUCAUAAUUAAACUACUUGGCUUUCAGAACAUUUGGGGGACUUCCUUAUCCAAUUCUAUCCUGGCAUUUCAGAUUAGCAUGGCCCUUACUAUCAUGAUUAUUCUGUCUCAUAUCAUAAUUUUAUAUUGCACACCACUAAGCCUUCUACCUAGCCCUGUAUUCCAAGGAAGAAAUGUAUCUUCUUUUGUGCUUGAAUCUCCUUUUAACUUGUUCAUCCUUAAAUAAUUGAUUAAAGAGCUACUCUUGUGCUCUUUCCUCAUGAAAAUCUCAAUUUAGGUAAUAAAUCUUAGAUAUUUGUCAGUGUUGCUAAACCUUGGCAGCCCAUCUUGUCUGAGUUUUUACUUGUAGAAAGAGUCUCCUACCCAUGUUUUCUAUCAAGUGUUGCCAUUAAGUAUCUUUCUUAAUGGCAACUUAAAUAUUGCAUUUUGUAAUAUUUUAUAGCUUCCAGUAUCAUUCUGAACAAUGCUUUGACAAGCUAAGAGAAGCUGGAGUCUACAGGAAGCUGAGUUGAGUUUUUAGUCUUCCAGUAAAAAAAAAAAAACCCUGAUAGACUGAAAUGUAUUUCAACUCCUUUGAGUUUUGCCUGCUGCAUCUGACAUAAGCACCUGCACUUUAAUCCUCUGGAUUGCAUUGGCAUUUCUAAAACUUUUUUUUUCUUAGGUAAGGAAGCAUUUAUAUCCACAUUAUUAUCCAUUGCUGUACUUGUUUCUCUUCGCAUUUUCUGUCCUUUCUUACUCUUUCAGAUUUCUAGCAUUUGUAAUGGCUCAUUUCUCAUGAUUCCAAACAUCUGCAAAGAAAUUGUCAAUAAAA